GCAAGCUGGCGCGCGGGCCAGCGGAGCUACAGCGCCAGGUGCUAUAGGCUGACUGACGCCCUGGGACGCCCACCCCCACCCUCUCGCACUGCACCUCCUCGGGCUCAUCCACCCUCUGUGCCUACAGAAGUCCCCGGGCUUCCCCAAAAGGAGCUCACCUCGAGAAACCCGGACCUGGGAUUGCCCACCAGCAUCCCCUCCAGCGCCGCCACCGCCACGGCAACAGCAUCCAGAGCGGCAUGGUCCAGCUGGGGAAGCUGCUCCGCGUCCUGACUUUGAUGAAGUUCCCCUGCUGCGUGCUGGAGGUGCUCCUGUGCGUGCUGGCGGCGGCGGCGCGCGGCCAGGAGAUGUACGCCCCGCACUCGAUCCGGAUCGAGGGGGACGUCACCCUUGGGGGGCUGUUCCCAGUGCACGCCAAGGGUCCCAGCGGAGUGCCCUGCGGCGACAUCAAGAGGGAAAAUGGGAUCCACAGGCUGGAAGCAAUGCUUUAUGCCCUGGACCAGAUCAACAGCGAUCCCAACCUGCUGCCCAACGUAACGUUAGGCGCGCGGAUCCUGGACACUUGUUCCAGGGACACUUAUGCGCUCGAACAGUCGCUCACUUUCGUCCAGGCGCUCAUCCAGAAGGACACCUCCGACGUACGUUGCACCAACGGCGAGCCCCCGGUUUUCGUCAAGCCAGAGAAAGUAGUUGGAGUGAUUGGGGCUUCGGGGAGCUCCGUCUCCAUCAUGGUAGCCAACAUCUUGAGGCUUUUCCAGAUCCCUCAGAUUAGUUACGCAUCCACGGCUCCUGAACUCAGUGAUGACCGGCGUUAUGACUUCUUCUCUCGAGUGGUCCCACCUGAUUCCUUCCAAGCCCAGGCUAUGGUAGACAUUGUAAAGGCCUUAGGCUGGAAUUAUGUGUCUACACUCGCAUCCGAAGGAAGCUAUGGAGAGAAAGGUGUGGAGUCCUUCACACAGAUUUCCAAAGAGGCAGGUGGGCUCUGCAUUGCCCAGUCCGUGAGAAUCCCCCAAGAGCGCAAAGACAGGACCAUUGACUUUGAUAGAAUUAUCAAACAGCUCUUGGACACCCCCAACUCCAGAGCCGUCGUGAUUUUUGCCAACGAUGAGGAUAUAAAGCAGAUCCUUGCAGCAGCAAAAAGAGCUGACCAAGUGGGCCAUUUUCUCUGGGUCGGGUCAGACAGCUGGGGAUCCAAAAUCAACCCACUGCACCAGCAUGAAGAUAUUGCAGAAGGAGCCAUCACCAUCCAGCCCAAGAGAGCAACCGUGGAGGGGUUUGAUGCAUACUUCACAUCCCGGACACUUGAAAACAACAGGAGAAAUGUAUGGUUUGCUGAAUACUGGGAAGAAAACUUCAACUGCAAGCUGACAAUUAGUGGGUCUAAAAAAGAAGACACGGACCGCAAAUGCACAGGACAGGAGCGAAUUGGAAAAGACUCCAAUUAUGAGCAGGAGGGUAAAGUACAGUUUGUGAUCGAUGCUGUCUAUGCCAUGGCGCACGCCCUUCAUCACAUGAAUAAGGAUCUGUGUGCUGACUACCGGGGAGUGUGCCCAGAGAUGGAGCAAGCAGGGGGCAAGAAAUUGUUAAAGUAUAUCCGCAAUGUUAACUUCAACGGUAGCGCUGGCACCCCAGUGAUGUUUAACAAAAACGGGGAUGCUCCUGGGCGGUAUGACAUUUUCCAAUACCAGACAACAAACACAAGCAACCCUGGUUAUCGUCUCAUUGGACAGUGGACAGAUGAACUUCAGCUCAAUAUAGAGGACAUGCAGUGGGGCAAAGGAGUCCGGGAGAUCCCAUCCUCUGUGUGCACGUUGCCAUGCAAGCCUGGGCAGAGGAAGAAGACACAGAAGGGAACACCUUGCUGCUGGACCUGUGAGCCUUGUGAUGGAUACCAGUAUCAGUUUGAUGAGAUGACAUGCCAACAUUGUCCCUACGACCAGAGGCCCAAUGAGAACCGAACUGGCUGUCAGAACAUCCCCAUCAUCAAACUGGAGUGGCACUCCCCUUGGGCUGUCAUUCCUGUCUUCCUGGCAAUGUUGGGGAUCAUUGCCACCAUCUUUGUCAUGGCCACUUUCAUCCGUUACAAUGACACACCCAUUGUCAGGGCAUCUGGGAGGGAACUCAGCUAUGUUUUAUUGACGGGCAUCUUUCUCUGCUACAUUAUCACCUUCCUAAUGAUUGCCAAGCCGGAUGUGGCAGUAUGUUCAUUCCGGCGUGUCUUCUUGGGCUUGGGCAUGUGCAUUAGUUAUGCGGCCCUUUUAACAAAAACCAAUCGGAUUUAUCGCAUAUUUGAGCAAGGCAAGAAAUCGGUGACAGCUCCCAGACUCAUAAGCCCAACGUCACAACUGGCAAUCACUUCCAGUUUAAUAUCGGUGCAGCUUUUAGGUGUCUUCAUUUGGUUUGGGGUUGACCCACCCAACAUCAUCAUAGACUACGAUGAGCAUAAGACAAUGAACCCAGAGCAAGCCAGGGGAGUUCUCAAAUGUGACAUCACAGACCUUCAAAUCAUUUGCUCUUUGGGAUAUAGCAUUCUUCUCAUGGUCACAUGUACUGUGUAUGCCAUCAAGACUCGGGGUGUACCAGAGAACUUUAACGAAGCCAAACCCAUUGGAUUCACUAUGUACACAACGUGUAUCGUAUGGCUUGCCUUCAUCCCGAUAUUUUUUGGCACUGCUCAGUCAGCAGAAAAGCUCUACAUACAAACUACCACACUUACAAUCUCCAUGAACCUAAGUGCGUCAGUGGCGCUGGGAAUGCUAUACAUGCCGAAAGUGUACAUCAUCAUUUUCCACCCUGAACUCAAUGUCCAGAAACGGAAGCGAAGCUUCAAGGCCGUAGUCACAGCAGCUACCAUGUCAUCAAGGCUGUCACACAAACCCAGUGACAGGCCCAACGGUGAGGCAAAGACAGAACUCUGUGAAAACGUAGACCCAAACAACUGUAUACCACCAGUAAGAAAAAGUGUACAAAAGUCCGUAACUUGGUACACUAUCCCACCAACAGUAUAGCUUUUGACUGCUUUCUGAAAGGCCCUGCUGCAAAAAAGAAGUAUGUCAGUUAUAAUAACCUGGUUAUCUAACCUGUUCCAUGCCAUGGAACCACAGAGAAGGAAGACCGUCAGUUAUUCUGUCACCCAACCUGGCAUAGGACUCUUUUGGUCCUGCCCGCUUCCUGUCUCUGGAGGAGCUUCUCCAGCUGGGAGACCAAUGUUAGAGGAUCCACACAUCCUAAACAGCUGCUUUAUGAGACACCUUUACUUUAUCUUGGCUUAACAAGUCAUUGGCAUCAGCACUGCCAUCUGGCUGCAAUUCUGGACUCCCUAAGCAAGGGGAGAGUUGAGACUCAAGUCCCACCCGGCUCUUUUGGAUGAACCGCUGAGAGCCUCUGGACUGUUUUUUUUUGGGGGGGGGGCUGACUUGUCUUUCUACGUAUGUACUUCGAGGCUGCAAGGUUUUGAAAUUUUCUGUACAGUUUGUGAGGACAUUUGCACUUUGCCACUGCUCAAUGUUGUACCUCAGAUCACUGUUUGUUUUUGGAUGCCCUGUUUUCAUAGAACCUUAUCCUCUCAGAUGGUGGAAUCUAUGGGAAAAAUUAAAACAAGGAAUUAAAAAAAAAUCUUGGCAGACAUAAGAGAACAUAAACCCCCAUGCACAUCUGUAAGUGACUGUAUGGUUAUGAUUAUAGUACCACGGAAAAUCAUGUUA